UGUACAUGUAUAUAAUGGAACAAUUGUGGUCCAUCAUUGAGUUUGAAGAUGGCAUGGAAAUGAUUCCCACUUCCUGGAUAACGGAAAAUAAAAGUGCGGCUCGUUGGCCACCUUUUACUUCACAACUAAAAUUUAAUAGAGCUGUACAAAAAUGCAUAUCAUAUGAAAGUAAUUGGCCCUUGCAUAAAAUAAAGAAGAUAUUAGGCAGUUCAAGUUCAUAUGAAAAAGGCUUCUUAAAAUUAAAAAAAGCAGAAAUGGCGUCGGAUAUUAAUUCUGAAAAUGACGAUUAUGAAAAUUUUAAAAAGUCUCGAAAAGACAGAGCGAAAAAGGUGAUAUCAAGCAGUGAAGAUAGCGAUUCUAGUAAAGAAAAUACGCAAUUACCAUGUUAUCCUAAGAUUCCGCAAACAAAAGGCAAUGCAUUUAACACCAAAGUAAAGACAUUUGAUAAAUCUAAAACACAGUUUACAGAAGAAGUUGUAACUACUUGCGAAGAAAAUAAAAAGAAAUCUGGAAAUACAAAUGUACGCGAAAUUAAGACAAACAAUGAUAAUGACGUCAUUUAUGCUACAUGUAGUAAAGAUAUGAAUUAUCAUGACAAGUCCAGCGUUGGACCUUACACAAGUAAUAUUGGUUCAUCACGCUCUGAUUUUGAACGUUAUGUUAUAAGAAAACUAACAGACGUCGGAUUUCAACUAUCUUCAUUGCAAGAACAAGGAAAAGUUUUGAAUACCAGAAUAGAUAUUAUUUUACAAAAUCUUCAAACAUCUGUUUCUCACGAGAUAGAAGACAAAACUACGGAGGAAGAGAUAAUGAAUACUUUUCCUUUUGAGACUGUUAGGUAUAAAAUAGGCUACAUGUAGCUCAGGGUUUGUCUCUGAGUGAUCCGUCCCUGUCGACCCGUGUCGCUACCAGCCGCAUCACGUGGCUGCCCCCGGCCCCCCACCCUUUACGCUAUCAGACGCUCGUUGCGAGUAACAGAGGUAGGACGGAAAAAUCCUAGCGAGAACGAACCUACCGGCUAAGUGGCAGUUACGCGGAUUGUUGUACACGGGCAAUCCGGAAUUAUAUCGGUUUUAGGCAGUCUGUCGUUGACUAUUAAUAAAGUGAAUUAAACUAAAAGACGCGUUUGUCUUGACCACGCCGUUCCCGAGAAGAAACUACACCGGAGAGCACUGCGUGGAAGGCGCCCAAGCCUUACAACUCUCUGUCGUUUGGAAAGAGAGGGAGAGAAAUCUCCAACAAAGUUUUGGUCCUUCGAGCCGGAUAUCUCACUUGUCCGCAUCUCGACGACAGCACCUAUUACCCGAGCCGCAUCGAGCCACAUCGCCGCAUCCAUCUUACCAAAGGAUCGGCGAAUCUUCACCGGCCGUUACGAGAGGCAAGCCAUUGUUCUCUCUCUCGCAUCCAGCCGGCCAUCUUGAAUCCCGCUGUACCAGCAAUACCGAGCCCAGGGAAUCAGCCAAGGUGCCAGGAGGUUGUGCCAGCAGGCAGGCCUUCCCCGACGCAUCCCUGCAGGACCGGCGAGGCAGCGCAAGGACUCAUUUCCGAGGAACAUCGGCAGCCGUCAUCAUUGCGAUCAUCGGCGCCCCCCCCCCUUCUUCUUCGUAUACGACGCAGCGAUCCGUGUCUCCUUCCGCGCGUACAUUGCGUUCAGCGCCCGACACUCAGCACUUUUCACGCAGAUGGAGCGACGAAUAC